AUGCAGGAGCAGUAUUGCUUGGCUCCUGAAAAUAGGUAUCCUAUCCAACUCUUAGACUGUGUCACUGCUGCCAUAUAUUUUAUGAAGACUGCUGAAGACUAUGGUAUGGAUCCAGCUCACGUUGUCAUUGGUGGAGACAGUGCUGGAGGCAAUCUUGCUGCUGCUGCUUGCCAAGCAUUAGCACAUAGAAGAGAUAUUUCUAAGUUGUGAGCUCAGGGCUUGAUCUAUCCAAGUCUCCAAGGACUGGACUUGAAUUUGCCAUCAUAUCAGCAGAACCAGUCAGUCCCUUUUUUAUUCCAGGAAACGGUUGCCAUGCUUGGUUUGCGGGGUUUUGGAUACAGCAUGUCAUUCAAGGACUGUCUCCUGGAAGGACCUCAUGUACCCAUGGAUAUGAAACUGAAAUAUAGGAAAUGGAUACACGCAGACAAUAUUCCUAAAGAAUUUAAAGUCAGAGGCCACACACCAAAGUCACCUUCUUCAUUCUCAUUGGAAAGCUAUGGAAUAGCUAGGACACUUUUAAGCCCAGCUUUUUCCCCACUUACAGCUGAUGAAGGUACCAUUUCCCUGCUCCCUAAGACUUGUAUUAUAACCUGUGAAUACAAUGUUUUUCGGGAUGAUGGGCUCUUGUACAAGAAACAUUUAGAAGACAACGGUAUUAAAGUGACCUGCUAUCACAUUGAGAAUGGAUCCACAGAAUUUAAAAUUCUCCGGACCCUUUAUGCCUGA